CCGGUAACAUCAACAGUGUGGACAAACCCAGCCUGCCUCUCUCCUUCCACACUGAGUCCAAACCCACAGUCACUGGGUGCUGAUUGUGAGAGUGGAGCCCAGUUUGCACUGCAGGAUCCAGAGAUGGCAUCAGUGAAGCUGGAAGACUGCAGUCAAACACUGGAGCUGAAUGUCAACAUGAAAGAUGAAGAAGAGGAGGAGAAGAUUGGGACAUCUGUUUCUCAUGGACUAGAAUUAAGUCUGAGGCCGGUAACAUCAACAGUGAGGACAAACCCAGCCUGCCUCUCUCCUUCCACACCGAGUCCAAACCUACAUUCACUGGGUCCUGAUUGUGACAGUGGAGCCCAGUUUGCUCUGCAGGAUCCAGAGAUGGCAUCAGUGAAGCUGGAAGACUGCAGUCAAACACUGGAGCUGAAUGCCAACAUUAAAGAUGAAGAAGAGGAGGAGAAGAUUGGGGAAUCUGUUAGUCAUGGACGACUAGAAUUAAGUCUGAAGCCGGUAACAUCCACAGUGAGGACAAACCCAGCCUGCCUCUCUCCUUCCACACUGAGUCCAAACCUACAGUCACUGGGUCCUGAUUGUGACAGUGGAGCCCAGUUUGCACUGCAGGAUCCAGAGAUGGCAUCAGUGAAGCUGGAAGACUGCAGUCAAACACUGGAGCUGAAUGCCAACAUUAAAGAUGAAGAAGAGGAGGAGAAGAUUGGGAAAUCUGUUUCUCAUGGACGACUAGAAUUAAGUAUGAGGCCGGUAACAUCAACAGUGAGAACAAACCCAGCCUGCCUCUCUCCUUCCACACGGAGUCCAAACCUACAGUCACUGGGUCCUGAUUGUGACAGUGGAGGCCAGUUUUUACAGCAGGAUCCAGAGAUGGCAUCAGUGAAGCUGGAAGACUGCAGUCAAACCCUGGAGCUGAAUGUCAACAUUAAAGAUGAAGAAGAGGAGGAGAAGAUUGGGAAAUCUGUUUCUCAUGGCCGACUCAGAUUAAGUCUGAGGCCGGUAACGCCAACAGUGAGGACAAACCCAGCCUGCCUCUCUCCUUCCACACUGAGUCCAAACCUACAGUCACUGGGUCCUGAUUGUGUCAGUGGAGCCCAGUUUGCACUGCAGGAUCCAGAGAUGGCAUCAGUGAAGCUGGAAGACUGCAGUCCAACAAUGGAGCUGAAUAUUGACAUUAAAGAUGAAGAAGAGGAGGAGAAGAUUAGUCAUGAUAUGAGGCUGGUAACAUCAACAGUGAGGACAAACCCAGCCUGCCUCUCUCCUUCCACACUGAGUCCAAACCUACAGUCACGGGGUCCUGAUUGUGACAGUGGAGCCCAGUUUGCACUGCAGGAUCCAGAGAUGGCAUCAGUGAAGGUGGAAGACUGCAGUCAAACACUGGAGCUGAAUGUCAACAUUAAAGAUGAAGAAGAGGAGGAGAAGAUUGGGAAAUCUGUUUCUCAUGGACGACUAGAAUUAAGUCUGAAGCCGAUAACAUCAACAGUGAGGACAAACCCGGCCUGCCUCUCUCCUUCCACAUUGAGACCAAACCUACAGUCACGGGGUCCUGAUUGUGACAGUGGAGCCCAGUUUGCACUGCAGGAUCCAGAGAUGGCAUCAGUGAAGCUGGAAGACUGCAGUCAAACACUGGAGCUGAAUGUCAACAUUAAAGAUGAAGAAGAGGAGGAGAAGAUUGGGAAAUCUGUUUCUCAUGGCCGACUCAGGUCAAGUCUGAGGCCAGUGACAUCAACAGUGAGGACAAACCCAGCCCUCCUCUCUCCUUCCACACUGAGUACAAACCUUCAGUCACUGGGUCCUGAUUGUGACAGUGGAGCCCAGUUUGCACUGCAGGAUCCAGAGAUGGCAUCAGUGAAGCUGGAAGACUGCAGUCAAACACUGGAGCUGAAUGUCAACAUUAAAGAUGAAGAAGAGGAGGAGAAGAUUGGGAAAUCUGUUAAUCAUGGAGACCAUGUUGAGACAUUCUCUACAUCCAGAGAGCAACAGCUGGAAGAUCACAGAGCUAAGAGGUCUCACCACUGCCCACAUUGUGAGGAGAUUUUCCCAAUUCUAUCAAAUCUAAAAAUACACCUAAAAAUACACACAGACCAGAAUCUGUAUUCCUGCACAGAUUGUGGGAAGAGAUUCACAACAUCACAGGCUCUGACAGCUCAUCAGAAAGUGCACACUGGAGAGAAGCCAUACUUCUGCUUUGUCUGUGGGGAGAGUUUCUCUCAACAGGGCCAUCUAAAAACCCACCAUCGAAUACACACAAGAGAGAAGCCAUACUCCUGCUUUGACUGUGGGGAGAGUUUCUCUCAACAGGGCCACCUAAAAACCCACCAACGAAUACACACAGGAGAGAAGCCUUACUCCUGCUCUGACUGUGGAAAGAGUUUCUCUCAACUGGGCAGCUUAAAAACACACCAACGUAUACACACAGGAGAGAAGCCUUACUCCUGCUCUUACUGUGGGGAGUGUUUCUCUCAACUGGGCAACUUAAAAACACACGAACGUAUACACACAGGAGAGAAGCCUUUCUCCUGCACUGACUGUGGGAAGAGCUUCACAACAUCACAAGCUCUGACAGUUCAUCAGAGAGUGCACACUGGAGAGAAGCCUUACUACUGCUCUGAAUGUGGAAAGAGUUUCUCCCAAUUGGAUAUGUUAAAAUGUCACCAACGAAUACAUACAGGAGAGAAGCCUUACUCCUGCUCUGACUGUGGUAAGAGUUUCUCUCAACUGGGCAACUUAGAAGCACACCAACGUAUACACACAGGAGAAAAGCCUUACUCCUGCUCUGAGUGUGGGAAGUGCUUCACAACAUCAGCUGAGCUAAAAGUUCAUAAAAGAUCACACACAGGAGAGAAGCCUUACACCUGUUCUGACUGUAGAAAGAGUUUCUCCCGAUUGGAUAUGUUAAAAUGUCAUCAGCGAAUACAUACAGGAGAGAAGCCUUAUUCCUGCUCUGACUGUGGAAAAAGGUUCUCCCAACUGGGCAACUUAGAAGCGCACCAACGUAUACACACAGGAGAGAAGCCUUACUCCUGCUCUGACUGCGGGAAGAGUUUCUCCCGAUUGGAUACCUUAAAACGCCACAAAUGUAUACAUAAAGGGCAGAAGCCUCAUCAGUUCUCUCAGACCAGCUAAGACUUAAAGUCACUCCAUCACUUAAAGAUGCACUAUGUAGAAAUCACUCCACCAUUUCCUGCAUGUUAAAAUUGCAAUAGUUCUAAAAUAAGCAGUCCUUGUUGUGUAGUGAAACAUUGUACCAUCUAAACCACUGUGAAAUAUAUUUUCCAUUCUCAAAAUAUUGUAUUUUCAGCUGUUGUACAAAAAUGGAAGUAAAAAAAACAAAACUUCAGAACGGGAAGCAUAGAAAUAGUGCACAUAGAACAGAUCUACUGCUUCUUAGACUGAGAGAAGCCUUACUCCUUGUCUGACUGUGGAAAAGGCUUCACAGCACUGGGUGAUCUAAAAGUUAAUCAGCGAACACACACUGGGGAAAAGCUUGUGUGUACUGCACUGCCUGUGGGAAUAUUUUAUCUCUAUUGGACACCUUAGCUAGGCUUGGGUGUUAUACAGAUUGUCAUACCUUCAUACUGACCUUGUGCCAUACCAGAAUAUUAGAUAACUGCACGCAAAUAUAUAUAUAUAUAUAUAUA